AUGACUCUCCCUCAGACCUACAAGGCCUUCCGGCAUAGUAAGGGCAACACACCCACCAGACUUGAACUGGUUACAGAAGAAGUCCCAUCUACAUUGAAGCCCAGCGAGGUGCUAAUUCGCAUCCAUGCUGUAUCGCUGAACUACAGAGAUGUUGCAAUUAUGCACGGGAAAUACCCACCCAAGGUGAUCAAGCAAGGUAUCCCGACAUCCGAUUGCGCCGCAGAGGUCGUCAAACUCGGAUCUGAGGUUCAUGACUUUCAAAUUGGAGAUCGAGUGGCGCCUAUCUUUGAUUUGAACAAUAUCGAUGGCACUGAAGAAGAUGUGGCUGUGCUCGGUGGUGAUGUUGAUGGAGUGUUGCGCGAGUACGCCGUGUUCGAUCGGAAUGUCUUGUUCCAUUUGCCCGAGCACCUUUCUUGGGAGGAGGCUGCUUGUAUCACUUGUGCAGGAACGACAUCAUGGAAUGCGUUGGACAUGCCACGAUCAAACGGCACUGCUCUUCUUCAAGGCACCGGCGGGGUCAGUAUGUUCAGUUUACUGAUCUGUUUGGGUGCUGGCAUCCGUCCCAUCAUCACAUCGUCUUCUGAUCAAAAGCUUGACCUAGCAAAGGCCAUCGGGGGGUCGCAUACUGUCGAUACCAUCAAUUACCGUGACCACCCAAAAUGGGACGAGGAGGCACGCCGACUUACGAACGGACGAGGUGUUGAUGUCGUUGUCGACAACGUCGGGCCUUCCUCUAUUGCCCAAAGUCUCGCCUCUCUCGCUAGAAGAGGGACUGUUUCCCUGGUUGGAUUCUUGGGAGGAUUUGAUACGGACAAGUCAACUGAUGCGGUUCUCCCAACUCUGUUAAAGAGCGCAACCAUCAGGGGCAUCAGUGUGGGCUCAAAGAUUGACCACCAAAGCUUGUGCGAGUUCCUCUCAGAGAAAAAGAUCAGUUUGGCACCGAUCAUGGACAAGAAGACAUUUUCAUUCGAGGAUGCGCCGGCGGCAUUUGAUCAUCUUUGGGAUGCGAAGCACAUGGGAAAAGUGGUCAUCAAAUUCUGA